UUUCAAAUAAAUCGUGAUUUUCCGCAGCGAAGCAUUAGUAUUUUACGCUCCUGUCAUGCUGUCGCGGCAAUUGAUGAUGAUGGUGACGACGAUGACGACGGUGAUUAUCAUGAUGAUGAUGGUGAUGACGAUAUUGAAAUGCUACGACGACGAACCACAGGCCCGUAUCCAUGCAAAAUAUUCCAUGAUUACGAGCACGAAGAUGUUUACAAGGGUGUGGUAAUUGACUACCGUGCACAUGUAAGCGAGCAAACAAAGGAAUGUGUUUACAGUGUAACGCAUGGUGCAAGACCCAAAACUGCAGUCUACGUGACAACUUUUUCCAAUGAACAUAAACAAAGUUGGUCAGCUUUUUCUAAGGACAAGCGAAUCUAUAUUUGUCCUGCGAACGAAUACACGUAUGCCUGGAUUACGGGGCACGAAUACGUGAGUUUCACCAAAACCGUUGCGGAUAAACGUGGUUGCGUGUACGAAAAGGGACCUCAAUUCUUUGAGCAGUUCCCAUUUAUGAGGACAACGGAGAAACGUCGGGCAAUCUUGAUGCUGUAUGCCAUGGAGUUGAACGAUACCCUCGCCUACAUGCAUUCAAAAAAUAUUCAACAAAUUGGUGCUGUAUGUGGAGGCUUGCUAAUCUGGCGCUAUGUUUCAAGGUGUUCUCCCUCCAAAUAUGGGAAU